AUGAGCUGCACUGAAAUCGAAGAACUUUCCUGUGAUGAUGAGGAAGCAGAUACUCGUAUGAUUGCUCACGCAAGACAUGCAUCCCUGUCUUAUUCCAAUGUCGAGUCCGGAUACAGACGUGUUCCUUAUUGCACUGAACGCUAUAAAUGACAUUAUUGCUAAUCUGUUUCUUGAAACUGGGAAAGGAAAUGCAAGGCGAAUCAUCUCGCUCAACAAGACGAAACAGCAUAUCGGAGAACAAUGGUGUUCCUCGUUAAUAGGCAUAUGUGGUCGCCACCUGAUGUCUCUUCACAGAUGAAGAGAAAAAUACGCUUCAGGGACCAUUUAUUAUUUAUGCCAGGGGGGCUGCCAAGAUUUGUCAGUUAUUUGAACAAAAUGCCUUGACCCCCCUUUGUAGAAAUACAAAAUACCAUUACCCCUCCCUGCACACUAUUUUAAAAUGCAGACACCCCCUCCCCUCUCAUCCCCUAAAUAUGUUGGUGACAAGCGAGAAAAUUUUGGAAAUUUGAAGUCCCUAUAUUGUCUGAAAUUACAUUUUUAGGGUGUCUUUCCUAACUUCAAAGUCUUUCGAUCCUGCCCGAGUGUUUCUCGCACACCAAGGUCCCGACCUUGGUAUUACUAGCCCAACGCUGUACCAUCUGAGCUACGCGGUCAAUUCCAAUUACAUAUCUUAUAUUAAAUGUGACAUUUAUGUAUUCAAGGCUUAUCCUUUCUUGAUAGGUUGUGACACAACAAGUGCUUUUUAUGGAAAAGGCAAAGUUAAAGCGUUGAAAAUCGCUAGGACGAACGACGAGUAUGCAAUACUUUUUGGAAACUUGGGUAAAACCGUCACACUAUCGACACAACUAAAGAAUGGGUUAUACGGUUUCGUGUGUCACCUUUACGGUUACGAAGGUAGGUCUGAUGUUAAUUCUGUUCGGUAUGAAAUGUUUAAAGGCGGCAAAUACGAUGAAGAGUUACUACCCCCGAAUCAAGAUUCACUUGACAACCAUAUACGUCGAGCUAACUAUCAAUGCUACAUCUGGCGACAUGCCGUGCAGCCAAUAUUACGUCUGCCAGACUUUUGCGACCACGGUUGGAAGUUGGAUGAAGAAGGAAAUGUCACAUUUAACUGGAUGUCUCUUGCCCCAGCUCCCGACUCAAUUCUUGAGUUCGUUAAUUGUAAGUGCAAGAAAGGUUGCGAAAACGCGGUAAUGAAGUGCUCCGAUCUCUGCAAAUGCACUGGCUGCAAAAACAGCUCUACUAACAUUACGGACAGUUUAGAGAGUGAUUCUAACACCUAUAAUUCGCCCGACGAAUGCAGUUCCAGUGAAAAUAGCGAUGAUGAAAAUUAG